AGGACCCACUGGUGUUUUAGUGUAACGCCCCUCCUCUCAUGGACAUGUUGCUUGAUAUAAUAGGAAAUUGUGACAUACCGAUUCAAUUACAUGCAAUUAGAGUUUUAGUAAUCUCGAUAGACUCAUUCGAUUUCCUAUAAGUAAUCAAUUCUGUAACUUUCAAAAGAAAUAAAAUACUCUGCGAUCACUUUUGUAACGCCCUAGAUCUCCCGGGCACAUUACUUGAUGACUCUAACCCUAAACUGUGGCAUCUCGAUUCGACUCAAGGGUAUAAGUGUGUGAAUACAUGCAUCUGUGUCAAAUGCCUUUCAAAGUUGUAAUAUAAGCAGCACACUGUUCUCAAUAGGUACCACUUUCAAAAUUAAAAACAUGUUGAACAUAGAGCAAAAAUUUCCUUUCAAAUUCCCACGCUAAAUAACCCUGCCUUUAGAAUAUUGUAAAAGAGAUAAACAACUUAGGGUGAGGGUCAACUAGCAUGGUAAAUUAAUUUAGUUUUGCAACUAACAAGGUUUGAAAAUAACAUAGCUUUCGGUGAUUGAGAUUUUAAAGUAACAUUUAAGCAUUUGUACAUAUAAACCAAAAUGAUAUUAGAAUCAAAAGCAGCGUUAGAAAUCAACACCCAUACCUUCAUGUACUAAUAUGAAUACCAUAGUGUGCCACACACCAGAGAAAAAAUCCUAAUGACCACAAGAUCACGAGGACAUUUCAAAUGCCUCAAUAUCAUGAAAUAAACCUUUUAGGGGACUCUAGAACACAUAGAAUAGGAUCGGAGGAGAGAGCGAGAACAAGAGCGCGAGCACAAAAGUGACAAAAUUCAAAAAUAUUAGAGAACAGGAAUGCUUUGAGAGCGUCUUUUUAUAUGCAUCAAGACAAAUAUUAACCCAUAAAAUUUAAUAAAAAUUAAAUAUAAAAAUUAAAUUUUAUGCACACCUAUGAAAAAAUUAUUUAAUUUAAUUUUUGAAUAUAUAUUGAUUAUAAGAUCCUGAAAUAGCAAUUAUAGGUUACAAAUAUCAUUCUAGUUUGAUAUGUAUCUGUAUGUAUGAGUCGAUACUUUUCAAAUAAAAAUUUAAAUAAUAAUGAGGAAGCAUAUAAGAGUGCGAAUUCAUGAGUUUUGUAAAAUAAGAGCACGAAUUCACGGAGAAUUCAAUGUCAAAGCGAGAAUUCACGCAGAGCGCCGGAGCAUUGGUUGUUUUGAUGGAUUAUGUGACUAAGCUCUCAUCCAAGGAAGAUACACUCCCUCCUUCAACCUGUACUCAAAGCUCGAAAGCCACUAGGCUGCCAAAAUUGAUGAACUCUGUGAAAUCCUCUACGAUUUAUAGGCCUUUGCCGCUCAACCCUGUGUGUACAAUACUUUUCACAAACAUAGAUCCAAGAAAUAUUUUCACAAAAAAGUUCAACAAAUAAAAAAAACAUUGCUUCGAAAAACACCAUCGGAUCUGAAAUCAUAAUCAAUAUUCAACCCAUUAAUAGUAAUUGAGAACAUUUAGAACAGCAUUGAUAAAAUAGCUGGAAUAGUGAAUAGAGUUGGGAAAUCCAUGUUCAAAGCAAAAUCGGAGUAACCUACAAAUUGCCUAACAUUUGUUAAAAAUCAAACAGUCAAACUUUUUAGAGGCAACUCAAUUAUAAGUAUCCUACGACUAGUAAACAUAGAAAUAUUUUUUUUUGGCCAAAAAAUUGCAUAGGUUGCGCAAAUUGGAUCUGGUAAGAGAAAAAAAUGUCAUUUUCAGACUUUCAGUGCGUAUAUCAAACGAAGUCGAAACUGGUCAAACAAAAUAUGAUUGGAAAGAUUUUGAAAUAAGGAAUUUGGAGGUCAAAACCACACCCCCAGACCAUGCCCCAUGCGUUGUCUGGGUGGCAGGUGCUGCACCCCCCUCCUUUCCUUUCCCAGCUUGACUACCUUUAAUUCUCUCUAGCUUUUCUAUCUCGUUUCUUAUCCAAAUCAGGUGAUUCAAAAACCAGAAUACUCCCUUGCAUCCCUCUUUCAAACUAUGUUCAUGGUUGGUAUAAUUCCACUCCAGAUUUCAAAGUAGUCAAGCUAAAAAAACGAAGUUCAAACAUGGUUUCUCCAAGGGCAGACUUGCACCAACUUUUGACCAACCAAACAACCAAAUUAGCCAAAUCUAACCUCAAAAAUGAAUUCUUUGACUCUAAAAACCUCGGACAUGGUCAUCCCUACAUCUUAAGAUUCAAGUUUUCAAAAACACACUAAAAUCAAGUUUAAACAAAUCGCUAGGGUUUCUUUUUUCCCCCUCUACAAGGCAUGGCUACCUUUGAAACUUUAAACAUGGAUUCUAUAGACUAAGAAGAAGCUUACUCUAGCUUGGACCUGAAAGUGAAGCUUUGUGCACAAAAAUCUCCAUUUCUCUCUCUCUCUCUCUCUCUAAGCUUCUCUCUCUUUGUUUUCACUCUCUAACACCAACUGAAACACCUCACAUGGCUGCCCCUUUUAUCUACUCUUCAGCCUCUUGCCAACACACUUCUUGCAUGGCUUGAAUCCAAGGGAGGAAGACACCUACUACUAGGUGUUGUCUUGUCUCCAUUGGAGGAGAUCCCUAAUUUCAAUUUUUUUUUUUAAACUUAAUAAAUUAAUUAUAAAAAUAAUGCUUCCCUAAGUCCAAGAAAUUCCUCCACCUUUUCGAUUUUACCCCUAACACACUUCUGCACAAUUUCCAUGUAAUUUUUUUUUAUCUAUUUGACCUUUAUUAUACAUUGCCAAGCUCGGUUGUUACAUUUAAUAUAUAGGUCAAGCUUUAUUUUUCGCAUUCUGCAAUAUCACAUCUGGAGAUGUAAUACCUGUGCAUAAAAUGUGUACUCAUGCUCUCAUUCACACACACACACACACACACACCCCAGUAUUAUAUUACAGUGGCCUUGCUUGAUGUGUCUUACUGUUUAGGUUUUGCAUGCCCGUGAAUUUUGCCAUCUGGUGUGUUCUCCAUUGCAAUAUCCUUUACUUAUUAUCCUUCUUUCCAAUCCAAAAGGGCACAAUAAGUGGGAUGCUGGGUAUUGUUCAGGUUGAAUUGCAGGUUGAUGCGGAUGGCAGUCUCUCCUUGAAACGCAGAUUAUCUGGUCACCAGAAACCUGUCUUCUUUGUUUCAUGGAGACCUGAUGACCAGCAGCUCCUCACUUGUGGGCUAGAGGAGGCUGUCAGACGCUGGGAUGUUUCAUCCGGGGAAUGCCUCUAUGUUUACGAAAAAGUUGGCGUUGGUAUGGUUUCUUGUGCAUGGUCUCCCGAUGGGCAAUUGAUAUUCUCUGGCACUACAGAUAAGAGCAUUAGCAUGUGGGAUUUGCGUGGGAAAGAGGUAGAAUGUUGGAAAGGGGAAUGGACUGUUAGGAUCUCGGAUUUGCAAGUAACAAACGAUGGGAAGCAGAUCAUUACAGUAUGUAGACAUAAUACACUAGUAUUACUUGACAGAGAAGCAAGGGCUGAGAAACUAAUUGAGGAGGAUGAAAUAGUAACUUCCUUUUCACUGUCCAGUGACAGUAAGUUCCUUCUUGUUAGCCUUCUGAACCAAGAAAUCCAUCUUUGGAACGUAGAGGGAGAUGUAAGGCUUGUUGCCAAGUACGAAGGCCACAAGCGUAGACGGUUUGUUGUUAGAACCUGUUUCGGUGGACUUGACCAAGGAUUCAUUGUCAGUGGCAGUGAGGACUCACAGGUGUAUAUAUGGCACAGAGGCUCAGGAAAGCUCAUAGAGACAUUGCAGGGGCAUACUGGAGCUGUCAACUGUGUUAGCUGGAAUCCAGCAAACCACCAGAUGAUAGCAUCAGCCAGUGAUGAUCGUACGAUUCGUAUAUGGGGCUUGAAUCAGGUAGACAUGAAGCACAUGGAGACAUACUGCAAUGGUGUUGCAAUGGAAGCAGUUGAAAGUUCAGUGGGAAAAUUAUUGAAAUCUUCUAUUACUGAUUCUGGCUUUUCUUCUAUUGCUUUUAUGUAAAUUCUUCUAUUUCAGUGUCAAGCAGACAUUCACGACAAACAAGAAUGUGAAAUGUGCAUAUUCACUAUGAAUAAAUUCUCUGUUUUAUUUGAUUUCUUUUUCUGGUAGUGACGAAAAUACUAUGAAGCUAAUCCAAAGUAGGUAUGCGG